AUGCUGGCGGCGCCCGAAACACACAUGGGCGUCUCGGCCAGUGGUCGCUCAAGACCUGCACGUUGCACCCGCCGGCCGCUGCGCGUCGCCAGCCGCCUCGCCGUCGUCCGCGACGCGAGGGCCUCGCCCCCUCCUCGCCCCCAGCGUCUCCCGCGCCUCUCCCACCGGAGGGCGAGCGGGGAGCCCAACCUGUCCUCAGCGGAGUGCAGGGCAGAAGGCGGCAGCAGAAGCGCGUCGGGCCGGUCGGCGUUUGGCAGCGGCGGGAGCAUCGAGAGGAUCCGAGCGUGCGUGAGGAUAUUGUUGGGGCGGUGGUGCGCGCGCGACAGCAAGCGGCGGUGCUCGUUGGUGUGCUUAACGUGCCAUGUGAUCGGUGCUGGUGCUGCGAUGGCACCGCGACCGGAGGACAGGCGCCGCUGCCUGCUGCUGGGCAACUGCCUGGUGGUGGUGUGUCGCCGGGUGGGCAGCGACGACGACCAGGAUGAGGCGUCGGCCCAGGACAGGGCGGGCCCGCCCGGCUGGUCCCUGUUCCGCGGCUUCGUCCACGAAAACGCGCAAUGCUUCUGGAACCAGUGCCUGGUGCAGAGCGUCGCCUGCCUGGAAUAUCGCGGCUACCUGAUCCCUUCGACCAUCUUCGUCUCCGGCAACGAGUACACACUCGAAGUGGUGCGCUCCGCCUGGUCCCGCCGGGUGCUGCGUCCGCCGGUCGGAUACGAGAUCCAGAAACUCGGUGAGUCGCCAGCGCUCCGCAGCUCGAACCGGAGUCGGCAGAGGCUUUCUUUCUUUCUUUUCGCUUUGCUUCCGUCUUGAGCCAUGAGUGUGUCUCACACGAGAGACUCAAUCGCCGUUGCAACCUGCCUGGCCCCAACGGCUAUCGAAGCUCUCCGCUGUUGUUUCUCUUUUUGAGCCGCUGUACAGCACUUGACGGUUUUGUGUGCCUGCCGUUAGUUCCAAGGCUAUCGUUCUUGCUUUUCUCUAUGUGCACGGCGCAGCUGCUUUCAAGCAUGCGAAUGUCUCGCCCGUCGCUGACCGAGGCGCAUGCAUGAUCGCAGAGUUCAACGGUCGUAAGACAUGUGCAGAGCGCUUGUUGAGGAGUUUCGAGGUCGUCUGGAAAUUGUGGCAGCCAGGGCCUUUGUAAUCGAAGUAUCUUGUCUGUGCAACAUGGUGGUUCGACACCAUCGUUUCCGUGUCUGUGCGUGUGUG